AAAGCCUACUGUCGUUAUAUUUGAUAUAGCUCAAUUGAUAGGUACACGUCAGUAUCUCACCUAACUUCAGUGUAUUCUUUAUGUCAAUUUUUGUCAAUUGUCAUAUUUCAAUCGCUUGAUUUUAGUCCACAACUAAUUUUUGUUAAUGCUCUAAUUAUCAAAAAAUGAUGUAUUAGUGAAGAAUAAACGAGAAAAAUAUAUAAUUUCUUUGAAAUUUAAACGCAAUGUUUAAAUACUUGAGAUACAAAGUUUAGAUUAAUAUCUAAUGUGUAGGGGUGUACUACAACGAACAUGAAGAAAUUAUUUUCCAAAAUUGAAACUAAGAUCGACAACACAUCUCGAGAAAGUAAUACUUAUACAGGAAAAGUCUUUAACGUUGGCAGGCAAACGGUUACAGUGGAAGAUGUUCUUGCUGAAGGGGGGUUUGCCAUAGUUUAUUCAGUAAAAGCAAGUAAUGGUAGUAGAUAUGCUCUUAAGAGAAUGUAUGUCAAUAAUGACCAAGAUCUCAAUGUUGCAAAAAGAGAAAUCCAAAUUGCAAGUAGUCUAAGUGGUCAUAAAAAUAUAAUAGGGUACAUAGAUUCUAGUUUGACUGCAACUGGAGGUGGAGUGUUUGAGGUUCUGUUGCUUAUGCCUUAUUGCCAAGAAAAUGUAUUUGGAAUGAUGAAAAGUAGGGGUAAAGCUACUUUUACAGAAAAUGAAGUUUUGACUAUAUUCUGUGAUAUAUGUGAAGCAGUAUCUAGACUACACCAUUGUAAAACCCCUAUUAUACAUCGUGAUUUAAAAGUAGAAAAUAUUUUAGUGAAUGAAAAUGGUAAUUAUGUUCUAUGUGAUUUUGGUUCAGCUACGGCAAGAAUGUUAAAUCCGUUAGAAAAGGGUGUAGCAUCUGUAGAAGAAGAAAUAAAACGUUACACAACUUUAAGUUAUAGAUCCCCAGAGAUGGUGGAUAUGUAUUCUGGAAAGAUAAUAUCUACAAAGGCUGAUAUAUGGGCUUUAGGCUGUUUAUUAUACAAAUUGUGUUUCUUUACAUUACCUUUUGGUGAAAGUACCUUAGCUAUACAAAGUGGAAAUUUCAGCAUUCCAGAUAAUUCUCAAUAUUCUAAAGGACUGCAUCAAUUAAUAAGAUAUAUGCUAGAAACUGAUCCUGAUCAACGACCUGAUAUAUACCAAGUCAGUUAUGUAGCGUUUAAAUUAAUAGGUCGAGAAAAUCCAGUAAAAAAUUUAAUGAAAUCCCCAACGCCGAAUUUGGACGAAAUUCCAGUUCCUCCAUUUGAAUCAGAAUUGAAGAAAACACUAAUUAAUAAAGUGCAAACAAGUAAAACAGUCGCUCCUGUGAUAGAAGGAACCAGUGUAAUGCCACGACAACGACCAAAAGGCAGUUCUUCAGCUCCCCUGAAUUUAAACAACAUACCUUUAACUCUCUGUCCUAGUCCCACUCUAGCAAAGAAAUCCCAGAGUCCUGUAGUACCAACACCUCAGGCUACUUUUCAGGGUAAAAUUUCCUAUAAUUCUCCAUUUUCUGUACCGAAUACUAAUUCUAAUAACCAGAAUUUUCCACCUAAUUUUUUUCCUACGCCUGAAAUACCUCAACCUCAUUUGGACUCCUUAUUUCAGUCUUCCAUUUAUCCGGAUCCAUUUCGAGAUGAUUCUACUGCUGCAUCUCCCACUAUUACCGACACUAAUAAUGGAAAUAAAGUUGACUCUAAGGACAAUUUUGGAAGUAAUCCACCAGCUAGUCUGCCUGUUAAUAUAGUGUCUCCAGUUUCACUAGAGAACCCCUUGUUUGAAACUAGCAAUGCCACUCAGGGGACUUCACAUCAGAUGGGCUCUGGUUUAACAGAAUCUAGUAACGUAAUUGGAGGACAAAUUACUCCACCAACUUCUCCUUCACUUGCUGUUCCUAGAGGCCACAGACGUAACAUGAGUGAUACAACAGCUUUUAAUAAGGCUUAUGCUUCUGAAACAUCUCAAUUCUUGGCCCCAUUUGAAUCAUCCAUCAAAGCUAGAAGUAUUGCUUCCCCAGCUGAGUCUACUGAAGAUCUUAGUAGAACUUUGGCUCCAAUGGGUACUUCAGCUUCCACAACUGAUGUAAGUCGAGUAAAGGGUCCUGAUAGUAGAUCUCUUUCUGCAGACGUUGCAGACUGGAAUCCUUUUGAAGAGGCUCCUUUUAGUCAGUUAACUGAGGAUCACAUAUUUGGCGCUGAAUUUGAUAAAAUAAGGAUGGGAAGUAAUAACAGUUUGCAAGGUAUGAAAUCAAAAGAAAGCUUAACGAUGUCUUUGUCUGAAGAUCCUUUCAUUUGCGCUCCUUUCAGUCUUCCUGUUCGUAACCGAGAUAGAACCAAUAAAGGACCACAUUCCUCAGCCAAAGCAGUAUCUAAAAAGCCUGUAACGGAAACUUUACCGGAAGAACCUUUGUUCGAUUCUUCUCCAGAACACGCAGCAGCUUCUGACGGAGAAGCACUCAUAAAUACCGAACCGGAAUCUGAUCAACCAAUAUCCCCACCAUUUGUCAAAGCGCCAUUAGAAGAUAGAUCCAAAUACGAAAAAUUAAUUCAAGGAGUUUAUGAUAUAACAUCUUCAACUAGUAGUUCGGAUGAGGACAACGUGAAAUCAAAGAGGAAAAAGAAAAUAACCAUUCCCGAGAAAUUGCAUUCGGUAUACAAAACAGUAGAAAUACCUAUUAAAAACUUGAGAUCAGAUAAAAAUAAAAGCGAAAAGAAAAAGAAGAAAAAAACGGAAAAAGGAAAGGAGGCUGAACCGGAAUCCGAAGAUUCUAUAGGUUCUGCUAGCGAUUUAAGAGUAGAUGAAGAUGAACAGCGGCAAGUUAAAGAUGAUGCAGUUAGUGAAAGUAUUAAAACUUGUGGAUCAUCAGCUUAUCACGCUGAAUGUGAAAGCAUGGCAACUCACGAAGAAGAUUGUACCAGUAGAAUAAUAAGGACCAAGCAACGAGAGCAGGUGAAGAAGGCGGCCGUGGUAUCAGAAGAUUUGCUCUUUGUGGGCCAUCAGUAUGGAGAGAAGCCUUUGUUACUAGAUGAUGAAUUAGAUUCCGAUUGUGAAAACGUUAAAUGGCAAUCUAAAGAAGUCCCAAAGGCUAAAGCUGAUAUCUGGAUAGCUCCGUCUAGUAGUUUUGAAGAUAAUAACGACGUAUUUGCGUUAGCACCUUUUUCCAAGAAUAAACCUAAGCAAGAAGUACAAGCUGGGAAAACAGAAGAAGAACAGAUCGUAAUUAAAACAUUCGAAGAUGAUUUUACAGAAAACAACGAAAAUAAAUUAUCUGUCAGCACUACUAAUUCUAAUCCGUUUUUAACACCAGAAUUUGUUUCACCGCAACCAGCCGCAUCAACUCCCAAUAUUGAAAUUGCUAGUCAAAACUCCAAUUAUUUCGAAGAAGUCAAUUUUGUAGCUUCUUUUCCGGAAUUACCAAAAGAACAUACAACAUCUCGUGAGAGCGUCGAAUUACGUGUAAAACGCGAACCCAUCCAAAUUCUCAAUCGGGCAAGUUUUGAAAUAAAACGAGAAAGUUAUGAGAUUCGCAGGGAAAGUUUCGAACCCAAGCGUAAUAGUUACGAAAUUAAACGUGAAAACUUGGAAUUGCCUAAAAAAGAACCACUAUUUACGGAGCUCCUCUUACCGAAUGAUACAUUAGGUAAAAAUAGUAAUUAUUCUUCUCCCAGAUCGUCUAAAAGUAAUCUUAGGCUUGAAUUUAUAGAUGAAGAUUUAUCACAAGAAUCUAAUCAGAAAAAUAAAAAAGAUAAGAAAAAAGAUAAAGAACAAAAGACAAAAUAUUUUUUAAUAGACGACAAUAUUUCCGACGACGGUAGUACCAUUUCUGUUAAAACUAAAAAGUCGUCGAAAAGUGACAAGAUUUCGAAAAAGAGUAGUAGCAAAUCUAAAAAGUCUUCAAAAGAACGAAAUGAUGGAGGUUUUAGUAAUAUGAGUUUUGAAGAUUUUCCCUCGGACGACAGAGAGAUCAUUGAAAGUUCCAUAAUGCCUUUUGAAGUCCUCAGAAGUCCCGAACAAGAACAAAAAACGUUCGGUAUGAAAAGGAUUGGCAAUCCUUUCUCUUGAUUCCGUUUCUAUUACAUGAACGGAUGUUUAUUGAGGAAUUGUUACUGCACCAAUAUAGUUUUAAAUUAUUGAAACAGGAAGUAGCUAUUGUUAAAUUGUUAUUGAUAAAUUGAGGCUGUGCAGCUAAUUUUUCAUAUUAAAUGCAAAUAGCUUUAACCCUUAUGGAGUGAAAUACCAGAUAAACUGGUAUAUGAAUAUAUUCCGUUACUUUUAAUCACGCACCUAACCAAUGGAAACACAUCCUCGUUCUUAUAUGCAGGAUAAUUCAUUAGAAGUGGCGACCGGAAAGUAGUUUAAUGUAGUUUUGAUAAAAAGAAAUAAUCGCACGGGAUAGCUCUAGUAAAUAUAGAGGAAGAUUUGUUUCUUGGGAUUGUAGUGUUUAAUAACACAUAUUAAAUACACGAUUAUCAUAUCAAUACUAAUAAUCAUAAUUAUUAUUAUAUAAUAUAGUAUAUAAUUAAUAAUUUUAUCUUCCAAAUUAGUUGAAAAUACAAAAUAUCGAUAUACAUGUAAGAAUUGCAUGAUGUGAUGGAGAACAAGGUUGCUAGUGUCAUAAAAAGUUACCAAAAAGCUGCUAAUAAAAUCUCUUAAUUAAUCUGCAGAUCUUGGAAAUAAAAAAGGGUUUAUAAAUUAAAUUUUCAAAGAAACAUUGAACAGUAGGGAUAUGUUGCUGAAAUAAUAAUAAACCUUAAACAGAAUAUAUAUAGAAAGACAAUUACGAAAAUGAAGGUAGUUCAUUUAGGGAAUAAUGAAUGCAACAAAAAGUAAAUAAUUCAGUAAUAAUAGCCUAACGACAUUAUGUUACAGAUGCAUUUUAAAUGUCACUAAGUAGCUAAUAAAGUAAAUUUCUCCCCGACAUUUAUUAAAAGUGAGCACCAAAUUCAAACAGUGUAGUGAAAAACUGAAAAAGUAUCUCAUUUUUUGAAAGGAACAUAUUACAAAAAAUUAUGAAAACAAUACUAUAAGAUCGGGGAUAAAAAUAAAUGCAACGGUUCUUCUGGAACUAUAAUGAUAUACCAUUUCACAUACGUUGAGGUUAUAAAGUAGCGGAUGAAUAUUCUUUCUACGUAAUUUGUGAAAAAUCGUAGAACAAAACGCUUUUUGUAUCUAAAAAUACAUUUUCUGAAUUUUACCUGCCCGUUCGACCUCUUUAUGGUAAUAACUAGCCUUAUAAUAUGUUUUAAUGAAAAGCUGUAGCGUGUGAUAUCGCAUUUGAAAGGGUUUACGAUUCUCUAUUCAGUCCCAGACGUAGAUUUUUGUAAGAGAAAUGUUCAGAAAGUCAGUCGUCACAUAAACGGGGCUCUAACGUAUAUUGAACCACUUUUAGGACGUAAAAUCACAGCGUUCUAGUUCCAAACUAUAAAUGAAUUUUUUUUGAAUAUAUAUGUAUUAAGAAUGUUUCAAUUUCUUAUUUUGUAAAGAAACGAAAUAAUUAUUUUAAAAUUAUAAAAUAAAACAAAUCACAUUCUGAUAUACUUAUUUAAUUUCCAACUGAACUGAAAAUAUUAAAAUGUCUAAUAAUUGAUGAAUUGUUGGUAUCAUAUGCCAAAGAACAAAAUCAUAUAUAAUACUGAUCUGUUUUCUUCUCGAAUUAUUCAAGUGGCAGCUAUUUUCUAUUUAAGAAGUAUUUUUGCAGUAUUAAGUAUAAAUAUAUAUAUAUAUAUAUAUAUAUAUAUAUAUAUAUAUAUAU